UCCACCCGGCUCAGUUGUCAGCUGUUGUAGUCGAGCAUUGCACUUUUGUAUCUGUCUAUUCUUUGGAUCCUGUACAAAAUUUACCGAAAAUUCGCAGAAAAGCGGAAUUUUUAGCACUUCUUUUUACCAGGCGGUCCAAGAUGAGUGCAUCAGAAGGCAUGGCAAAGUGUGAUUUACUGGUAAUUGGAGGCGGUUCUGGUGGCCUAGCUUGUGCCAAAGAAGCAGCGAACUUUGGCGCUAAAGUGGUGCUUGUGGACUACGUCUUGCCCAGUGUCCGAGGGACCUGCUGGGGCAUUGGUGGCACCUGCCUCAACGUAGGAUGCAUUCCCAAGAAGUUGAUGCACCACUCUGCCCUUCUGGGUCUGUGCCUCAAGGACGCCAAACACUUUGGUUGGUCGGUGAGUGAGGAAGUGAAAUUCAACUGGAAAACCCUUCGAGACAACAUAGCAGAGCAAAUCAACUGCACCAGAACUGCCAUUCUAGAAGAGCUGCAAGCGUCCGGCAUCGAGUACAUCAAUGGCCAGGCGUGUUUUCAAGACAAAAACACCAUCAUGGUCAACAUGAAGGACCAGUCCAUGCGCCUCAUUCAAGCAGACAAAGUGGUCGUUGCCGUCGGCAUGCGUCCCAAGUACCCAGACGUCCCAGGCGCCCGCGAAUACGCCAUCAGCAGCGACGACAUUUUCAGUCUGGAAACUCCUCCUGGAAAGACUCUGGUGGUAGGCGCUGGAUUUGUUGGAAUGGAGUGCGCCAGUUAUUUGCUGAGCCUGGGCUUCCCUGUGACUUUGAUGACCAGGUCGCCACCUUUGCAGCGUCUCGACAAGCAGAUGGUGUCCCUGGUCAUGCGAGACAUGGCGGACGCUGGCCUCCGAAUUUUGUCUGGCGGUCUUACCACUAGUCUAUGCAAAACUCCUGAAGGCACCAUUGAGGUCAAGUGGGAGGACCUGGACAAAAAGUUGAGCUCGGAAACGUUCGACACUGUAUUUUACUCUAUCGGACGUGAAGUGGACAUUGAACACCUCUGCCUGGAUCACAUUGGAGUUAAAACCUCCGCGUCUGGGAAAAUAGUUGUUGACCUUCAGACUGACCAAACCAGUUUGGACAACAUUUUUUCCAUCGGAGAUUGUGCUGCUGGUGUGCCAGAAUUGGCCCCUGUUGCUCAGAUGAGCGGCAAAUUGCUGGCUGGGCGACUUUUUGGCCAAAAGAAGCUGCACAUGGACUACAAAAACAUCCCGACUUGUUUGUUCACCACUUUGGAAUAUUCGAGUGUGGGGCUGUCUGAGGAAAAGGCCAUUGAGUUGUACGGAGAGGACGGCGUCCAAGUUCACCACAUGUAUUAUGUGCCGACCGAAUUCACUUUAGCAAAAAGGGACAGCUCCAAAUGUUACUUGAAAGUGAUUUCCUCAACUGAAAUUGAGAAAAACACAGUCCUGGGUGUUCACUUUGCUGGACUCAAUGCUGGCGAAAUUAUUCAGGGUUUUGCCUGCGCCGUCAAAUGUGGACUCACUCUGGACCAGCUUUUGAGCACCGUGGGCGUUCAUCCGACUGUGGCCCAAGAGUUUACCAAGCUGAGAGUGCGAAAGGGCGACGGACCGUGCCCAGGCCUUCCCGAUUAUUUUGGAUGAUUUCAAAAUUCAAUUCGUUACCAAAAUUUUGAAAAAAAAUAUAAUGUUCUUUUGUUGAUUAAUAUAAAACAAUAUAAUAAACUGAUUUUCUAAAUUUAUGAA